AUGACCAUGAAGUCUGAGUCACUGGAUCAUUGGAGGAAUUACUUUAGCACUGCCAAGUCGUAUGAUAUAUUCGAUAUCAUUCAUCAUUCCAUCAUGGUGGCAGCUUCGGAUUUCCCCAAGGAGUUCAAGCUGAGGAGAGAUGGGAUUGCUGAGAGAUUGUUCUCUUGCAUGUUGACGACUAAAUGUUUGGGGUGUGAAAGGGUGGAUCAUGAAGACGUUGAUGAUGGGCUUGCCCUUGAAGCAGGGUCAAGUGAAGAUGUCCGUGAAGAGGUUUUGAGGAUCGGAAACCUUCUUCUUAACUUUAAAGAAGAGUCGGACUCUGUCUUAUUUGAGUCAUUGAGGAGGCUCCAGCUGAUGGAACUCAAAGUGGAUCUUCUAGAGAAAACUAAGAUUGGAAAGGCUGUCAAUCCUCUCCGAAAGCAUGGAUCAAAGGAUAUUAGGCAACUCGCAUCGACUCUUAUUGAUUGCUGGAAAGAAAUGGUAGAUGAGUGGUGCAAGGCUUCCACUACCACAGCUAUUGCAGCUUCAGAAGGCACUCCAGAUUCUGUAAAUCCAUCUGUUCUUGAUGAAGGAGUAGGACUUCCUUCCCCUCCUAUGGAUGAAGGGGCUUUAUUUCUUGCCCAAAUUGGUUCAAUUGAACUCUCACAGUUCUUCGAUGGCAUGGAUGAUUAUGAAAAUCCUCAACAGAGUGGACAAUUCAAGUCUGAGGCUUCCAUUAAGCCAUCCAUCACUGCCAAGGACAGUAAGAGUCAGCAACCAAGGAAAAAUGAGGUUGCUGUGAGGCUAAAUAAACCAGAAACUGUUGAUAAUUUCCCUGUCAGACCCCCAAAAUCAACUAUGCAGCGAAAAAGCAAUAUGGAGCCAAAGAUGCAGCCAAAAAUAGAGAACAAUACAAUCCCAAAGAAGCCUCCCAUGAUUCAGAAAGAUAAAUCCAAGUUUUCAGAUGAAGAAGCUGCAGUCCAAGUAAAACUAGAGGCCACUAAGAGGAAAAUUCAGGAGCGUUAUCAACGAGUUGAAAAUGCUAAGAGGCAGAGGACAAUACAAGUUCUGGAAAUAAAUGAUCUCCCCAAGCAAGGGGGUGGCCAACGAAAUUCACAUUUCAAACCUGGGAAUCACAAUAGGCAGUGGGCCAAUGCACGAAGAUAG